AAGCAACCUAUUGGAAAGACUCAAAUUGAGCUUUAUAGGCAGCGACAUUAACGUUUGUUUAAGCCUUGUCUAGCCUUCCAUGGCAUCAUCAAAAGCUGUGGGGCUAAAUCUUACAAUCAAAGCUUUAACAAAUGAAUCGUAUCCUGAAUAUUGCUUAAUGUCUAAGGUAAAACAUUUCAGAAAAGCGUCUUUACAGAAAAUCUUAAUUAAAUUCAAAUUCACUAUAAGUAAUACCUUUUUGUACUCUCAACCGGUGGUGAAAUUAAGAAUGUUGAGCCCUCUUCUCCAUCUCCCAGAAGACUUGGUGACUGAAAUUCUGUCGACGCUGCCUGUAAAAUCGUUGAUGCGAUUUAAGUCUGUGAGUAAAGCCUGGUAUGCUCUCAUCAGAAACCCUUAUUUCAUGACAAAGCACCACACUUUCGCCAUUUCUGAUCACAAUCGCAAUGACUACCGUCGAGUCAUCCUUGAGCGUUGCCGAGCAACAACUACCCCACGUUUCUCCAUGCACUCUAACGACACCCUAGAGUUAUCCGGCCACGUACAUCUCGUCCCACAAUUGUUCUCAGAAGAUAUUAACCCGGUAUUUUUCUUCGGUUCCUGUAAUGGAAUAGUUUGUCUUGUUGGUAUUGCUCCAGAGCGUUUCUAUGGUGCUCCUGAUCCAGACAGGGGGUGGGAGAUAGUGCUUUGGAAUCCUGCAACCAGAGAAUCAAAGAGGCUUCCGUUUGUUCCUCGCCCGCCUCGUUUUUGCCCCACGUUUAUCGAUUUCGGCUUUGGUAUUGAUCUCAAUAUCAAUGACUUCAAGGUGGUGAAAAUUAUGUACUUCGAUUCUCUGCGGCAUUACCAAGUUGAGGUAUACAACCUUACUACUGAUUCUUGGAGAGUUAUUGAUGCAUCCCUCAACUCAGCCUAUUUUAUGAAAUGGCCUCAUUUUCCUUCAUACUUAAAUGGAUUCUAUUAUUGGUUGAUUUGUCCUGAACGUCGCGACAGGGGGCAUCGUUUAUUGCUUUCCUUUGAUAUGAGCAAUGAGAUGUUCCGGGAGAUAAUGUUGCCUGAUGAUACAAGAUCUCUUGUUCAACACAUUGCCAUUAUCAAUGACUCUGUAGCUGUGAUUGUUCCUGCAUACAAUGCUGGAAUAUUGGCGUAUGAUAUAUGGGUGAUGAACGAGUCUACUGUGGAAAGUUCUUGGACAAAACUAUUUACGAUUGAAUUACCCAGUCUUCCUUUACAAUUUCGGGACGACGGUUUGAUUGUGCUUAGCGGCCACCAUUGUGAUCCAGAUAAAGAAUGCUUGGUAUUGUUUGAUCCAAGAACACGAGAACUGAAGAAUCUUCCAAUAUAUGACGACGGCUCGGAAAUGUUUCAGCUGGUUAGUUACACAGAGAGCCUAGUUUUAGUUAAUGGAUGGAGGAAUGUGCUUGAGCAACAAGACACUUCAUGAUUAUUAUAUUGUUAUGCAUGGAUCCUUUCGUGGGGCACAUCAACAAGAUUCUUGAUCAUUUCAUAUUAAUCACAGAUUAGGACUAUCAUUAUUUAUGUAUUCCAAGAGGACUAGAGAAUUACUGUGAAACUGACUGGUUUCGAUGUUGUGAUUUGUUAUUUGUUACUGCUUCUCUUUGCCUAUUUAUUCACCAAUCUGUUCCUUCUC